AUGCGUACUGCAGCGGCAGCCUCGCUGCUCCUCGCAGCUACAACUCCAUUGAUCUCAGCACAUGGCGACCACCAUCACCACGCCCAACGAGACUUUACCCCUGCUGAACUCAAGGAACUUCAGGACAAAUGGGGUACUGACUUUGGUUUUGGUGGCAUCAGCACCUUCGCGCAUCUGCCUCAUCACAGAUGCUUGACGAAUCCGCAAACACCAUUUGACAUCGGCAUUAUCGGAGCGCCCUUCGAUACUGCAGUUUCUUAUAGACCUGGCGCUCGCUUUGGACCUCGUGCUAUUCGCGCGGCCUCGGCGAGACAGACUGCUUUGCGUGGAUACAACCCGAGGGCAAGUCUGAAUCCAUACACCUCUUGGGCUAAUGUGGUGGAUUGUGGUGACAUUCCUAUCACACCUUUUGACAAUGGAUUGGCAUUGCGUCAGAUGAGUGAAGGCUAUAACGAGCUUGCCACCAGAGAAGCUGUUCCUGCAAAUGCGGAGUCGGCAGCGACUUACCUGCAGACCGCAAAGAUUGUCACUCUGGGUGGCGAUCACAGUAUUGCUCUUCCAGCAUUGAGAGCUCUCAACAAGAAGUACGGCAAGCCUGUUGCUGUAGUGCACUUUGAUGCCCAUCUGGAUACCUGGCACCCAUCUAAGUACCCUUCAUACUGGCUCGACCUCGAUGACCCGACCACCCAGUCCUUCUUCACCCAUGGAAACAUGUUCUGGAUGGCUGCAACAGAAGGCUUGAUUGCAAACGGGUCUUCCAUCCAUGCUGGUCUCCGCACUAGACUAUCAGACGAGGACGACUACACAAACGACACAGAGCAAGGGUUUGUCCGCAUCUCAUCAGACGACAUUGACGAUAUCGGUACAAAGGGAGUCAUCUCGAAGAUUCUGUCUACAGUCCCCGCAGAUUAUCCUGUUUAUCUCUCCAUUGAUAUCGAUGUCAUUGACCCUGGUCUUGCUCCUGGUACUGGCACUCCUGAGCCCGGCGGUUGGACUACAAGAGAGUUGAUUCGUAUUCUCAGAGGCAUUGAGGGGCUCAAUGUUGUUGGCGCUGAUGUUGUGGAAGUUUCUCCGGCAUAUGACUCUCAGGCUGAGACUACUGCUCUCGCAGCAGCUCAGGUUGUCUAUGAGGUCGUCACUUCCAUGGUUAGAAGAGGUUUGAUGGAGUUGGCAAGAACGAAGCAGGAGGUUGUCAAGGAUGAGCUGUAA